UCAUAUCUUAGCUGUCAUGGGGUUCCGUGACUAAAUGCAGUUUUUCAAAUGAGGAAAAAUAAAAAAUUUGAUCAGGCAAAUCUUUGGCCAACUAAAAUCUUUUGCGUCAACAAACGGGGUCUUGCGUGAGGCGCCAGUUUUAUUAUUCUCUCUCUGCCGCGAAUGAAGGCACUGACAGACAGGCAGCUUUUCUUUGAGCGUUUCUGGACCUUUUUCAGACGAUUUCUUCGAGUUGUUUCGAAACACAAUCAAUAAAGACUUUUGGCAUUUUGCAUAAGUGACGACGUUUUUUAAAAAAAACCGAACGGAGCCGCCGCCGACUGAGGUAAACCACUAAUCUGCAGCUGGUGCAUCCACACCUCUGAAAUGGACACUAAGGAUGAUCUGGACAUCUUAACAGCACUGCUUGAUGAGGAUGGAGAUGUGAUUGAAGAACAAGAGCAGGAGGGAGAUGAUGACCUUGAAGGUGUUUCUGAUGAAGAUGAGGAUGGAGAGGAGAUUAAAGAUCAAGAGGAAGAUAAUGAAGGCAACAAAGGUGAAGAUGGAGGCAUGAGUGAAGAACAGGAAGACUACGACUUUGAAGGCUUCUUCAAUGAAGAUGAUGAGGAUGAAGGUGCGAGUGAAGAACCAGAACAAGAGUCUGGUGUGGAAGGCCUCUGUGGUGAAGAUGAGGACAGAGGCGUGAGUAAAGAACAAGAACAGCAAGACGAUGACCUGGACGGCCUCUUUGAUGAAGACGACGAAGAUGAGGAGUACACAGAAGGCAUUGAAGGGGAGGUCUUGGCCAGAGAGGUCGUGGUGGCAGAACUUUUUGGAGAUGUGGACGACAUCGAGAAGGAGGAGAAAGCGGAUGAUGGAGGAGAGAACCUGAACAGAUCCAAGGAGGAAUUGCAGGAGACCCUCCGGCACAUGCAGGAGCAGAUGAAGAAGCUGCAGGAGCAGCUGAAUGAGAAGGAGAAGGUUUUGGCCUCAUCGUCUAUCAAAGGAGAUAAGGGUUUGAAACGAGUAGCUCCCACUGCAGCACCUCCACCGUCCAAACAAGCCGGCUCACUCAGAAGCAAAUCACAAGCAGCGACAGCAGGACUCUCCAGACUCCAGGAGUCCUCAGACUUUUCCUCACAGCUGAACAAUGCUGACGCAUUCAAACGCAAACCGAGAGUGGCUCAUCCUCCGAAAGCUGCAUCAUCAUCUGAGAGCAGAGGGGCGCUGAUGGAGAUAAAGAUCAGCAGCUCCUUCCAGCCCGACAGUAAAGCUGCUCCUGUUCGCUCGCCUCCUGCCCCCCCCAGCAGACCAGCUGCAUCAGCAGGGCGCCCUAAGCCCGCCCCUCUUCCUCCUCCCCCAAAAGACGUGGCCGUUGAGAAAUACUCAGGACUCCGACUCAGAAAGCCGCGGGUUUCCUCCAUCGAGAUGGACCACAAGAUGGCUGGCCGGCGGCUGAUUCGCCUGUCGCAGGUGCCGGAGCGUUUGACGCGGGAGAAGCUGGAGGACAGCGACUGGGUGACGUUUGGUGUGCUGGUUAACAAGGCAACGCCACAAAGCAAUCGCAGUGGAAAAACCUUCAGCAUCUGGAAACUCAAUGACCUCCACAACCUGGACGUGUCUGUUUCUCUCCUUCUGUUCGGAGAAGUCCACAAGGAGCACUGGAAGCUGGAACCAGGAACGGUGAUCGGGCUGCUUAACCCGAACCCCAUGAAGCAGAAGGACGGAUACGAGGGGGUGAGCUUGACGGUGGAUCACCCACAGAAGGUGCUGGUAUUGGGUGAGGCUCAGGACUACGGCACCUGCAAAGGCGUGAAGAAGAACGGAGAGCCCUGUUCUCACAUAGUCAACAUGUACGAGUGCCAGUACUGCCAGUAUCACGUCCAGGCCCAGUACAAGAAGAUGAGCUCAAAGAGGGCGGAGCUGCAGUCCUCCUUCUCUGGAAAAGCCCCAAACGCCCUGAAGGGGAAGGGGGGCGGCCUGAGACAGCGCCUGUGUCAAGAUGGCUUCUACUACGGCGGUGUGUCGUCCUCUGCCUGCGCCACCGCGCUAACUGCUUCCAGACCAGGCAAGCCUCAGCAGAAGACUCUGGAGCAGCUGUUUGUGAACGGCUCGGCUCAGCUGGUCAGGCGGGCCAAGCAGAUAGCCAUGCAGUCUGGUGAAGUGUCUGGCUGCUCCACUGAAUUCAAGAGUCUGAUGUCACUGCCGACUCCUGGAGCUCUGCAGCUGAAGCGGCACCUGGCACGGAGCAGCCAGUCAGUCUCCAAAGGUCCUGCUGGAGCUCCUCUUCAGUCCAUCUCAGCUUCUGAGCUGCUGAAGCAGCAGAAGCAAAGACAACGAGAGCUUCAGGAGAUUCAGCGACGGAGGGCCAAUGAGAGACUGCAGCAGAAAAGCAGUGGUGCCUCCACGUCGCCUCAGACUCCAGGAGGGGUGGUGUCCCCGCUCAAAGCUUCUGAUGCUCCCAAAACCCCCGCCGUACCCCCCACCCCGACCCUGGGGCGAGGUUUCUCCGUAGGCGACGACAUCCUCUUCUUCGAUGGAUGCCCGCCUCCAGCUGCAUCGUCCAGCCUGUCAGCCGCCAAGCUGGCCGCUCUGAGGAAACUCAGGGCCAAAGGGGCGGGGCUUGAGAAAGAGGACCCCAAUGCGUUGAAGAGGAAGAGGAGCAACAACAGUGAGAUCAGCGCUCGAGUGGAGAAGAAUCGGAGCUCACCCAAAGAAAAUGUCAGCGCUGAAGAUGAGGAGCCAGCCCAGAAGAAAAAGCGAGAUCAGCUGCGCUACAUCCAGUCGGAGGAGUUCCAAAAGAUCCUCAACGCUAAAUCUCGCCAUGAGAUCGUCCUCCAAGCAGCGGAGUACCAGCUGCAGGAGCGCUACUUCGAUGCUCUGGUGAAGAAGGAGCAAAUGGAGGAGAAGAUGAAGGGCAUCAAGGAGAUGAAGUGUCGAGCUGUCACCUGUAAGAAGUGCAGCUACACCUACUUUAAGCCAGCAGAUCGCUGCGUCCAGGAGAGCCACGACCUGCGCUGGCACGACGCCGUCAAGCGGUUCUUCCGGUGUCCCUGCGGACAGAGAGCCAUCGCUCUGGACCGACUGCCGCACAAACACUGCAGCAACUGCGGCCUGUUCAAGUGGGAGCGUGACGGGAUGCUGAAGGAAAAAACUGGACCAAAGAUAGGGGCGGAGCUUCUGCAGCCGCGAGGAGAGGAGCACGCCAAGUUCAUCAACAGUCUGAAGUAACUCCAGGUUUUGAGAGGAAAAAUCUGCAGGGUUUUUAUGUGAGGCUUCAUGUUUUUAAACCUUUUUAUUUGAAUAUAAUCCCUCUUUGAAUAUCUUGUGUUUUAAAGCUGGAAACUGUCUGAUAAAUCAACGAUUCUCAAUGUUUUGUCUUAAAUACAUUUUUUAACCAUGUUUUGUACAUGAAUGCCCUUAACUCGUCAAAAUAAAAGCUUCUUUUGUUAAAAUAGAAAAUCUGAAAUCUUUAGAGGAAUUGUUUUUGGGAAAUUGACACAUUUGGAUGAUUUUAAGGAGCUUUGAAUACUUGAAAUAGUUUCCUGAUGUUUCUAUGAUAAAUGAUGUGACGCGUGCUA